AAUAGAUAGCGCCAGUUACCACCGUUGCUUGCCGCCAACUACCGCCAACGCCUUCUGUCUUUCUAUUCGUUCAGUCACGAAUCUAAAAUGUCGCAGGUGGAACGGAAAAAGAGCCGCAAGAAGCGUGAAAAAGAUGCAGAUGCAGGCCUGGCAGAAAAGCCAUCCAAGGUGGAGUAUGACGUGGCACGCUAUCUCAGAGACAAGCUGCCAGUUAAGAAGACCACGUUGCUCAGCCACAAGGUGGAAUACUUCAACGCUGCCAAGGCCGUGGACUGCCUCCUGGAGUCCCCCUGGGCAACUGGCAAGCCCAAAUACGAGCAGCUCUUCACCACCAGGGAGUCUGUCGUGGACUACAUGGACCUGCUGCUGCAGCACAAGUUCUUCCACCGGGCCAAGAAGAUCAUAGUGACCAAGACAAAGAAGAAGAAGGACGAGGAGGGGGACGGAGGCACGCCCAAGGCGGCCCGGGAAAGGAGAGCCAGGGCCGACGGGGACGAGGGGGCCAAGGACUCCGACGACCGCAAGGAUGUUGAGGAAAAGACGAAGAGGCUGAAGCUGGACAUGCACCUGGAGCAGUUCUUCGUUGACGCCAAUGAGCCCUUUGUGUGGAUCUACGACCCGGUUCCUCUCAAGGCAUGGAUCGUGGGGACAUUGCUGGUGGUGGGUGCCGUGGCCGUCUGCCUGUUCCCGCUGUGGCCCCGGACGGUGCGGGACUACGUGUACUACCUGAGCAUCGUCACGGCCUUCCUGCUGGGCAUCAUCAUCUCCCUGGCCUUCUUGCGGCACGUCCUGUUUGUGGUGAUCUGGGCGGUCACCCUGGGCCGGCACCACUUCUGGCUCCUGCCCAACCUGACGGAGGACGUGGGCUUCCUGGACUCCUUCUGGCCCAUCUACCAGUACGAGUACCGUGGGCCCGUCAAGGCGGCCGACGAGGACGGCCCGCCCGGCGACGACGACGCCAAGCCCGACCAGCCGGAGGCCGGCGACGGCAAUGGCUUCGAGUUGCUCGACCACCCGGACAAGGAGAAGCAGUCUUGAGGACCGCUUCUUUGUUUGCCAAAAGCAAUUUUUUUUUUUUUAUGCAAUUUGGGGAACGGCGGCGCGUAUGUGCCUUCCGGCAGCAGGAACGCCCAGACUCAUUAACGGCAACUGAUGGCGUGGCUGCAGCUUUAGCCGUCGCGGACAGGUCGGUGGGAACAAGAACUACUAGAAGCUAUUCUUGAGGCAACGUCUACGGCUGUGACGACGACUGCAUUAAGUCGACAGUUGCGACUCUUACAAAAGUUAAAUAAGGUAUCGCAGAUGGGUGCGACAUGGCAUCCGAAACUUCAGCUAGGGCUAUCACCGUGAGGGACAACAGUUAAGUUGUCAAUUGUGGUUUGGGACAAGGACAGUCGAAUAAGGAAGACUGUCUAGAUUCCUUCCUUUCAAAGCAGUUUGCAGCUCUUGGUGUAGAAGCAAAACGACUCAGCAAAGUUAGGCAGCGAGGACGACUGAAAAUGGGUUUGCCACCAUUUCCGGGAAGUCUGUCCGGCUGCGUCAAGGGCAGCCUCACUUUUAGGCAGUUCGUGCCUGCUGCUGUCGGCUCUGGAGCUUUGGAUGAAGGAGCCCUUUCUUAGGGUGCAGUUGACUGUGCCCAUGUCAACGCCUAUUGGUGACAACUUUCUCGACUGUCUCUGUCACUAGAAGUUGGUCGCAACUGCCGCCGGCCGUGUUCGUAAAGAAGAGGCACCUACGUUUUAAACAGCAUCCACGUCCUGCCAUGCAAACUGCAGACGUCAAGGCUUCGUAACACAUUCGUGUUCGGGCUAAAGAAAAACUUUUAAAAAAAAUUUUCACAACAUGCAGAAGUUUUUUAACCGUCAGAGUCUCUUCUUUCCUGCUGCUGGAAAUGGCCUUUUUCAUGGAAUGUGGGAUUGGGGUGGGAGGUUGGGUAGGGUAAUUACAGGAAAUGUAAAAUUUAAUUUCACCACUUAAGGUCCCCAGCACAUUUCCUUCGUUAACAGGGCGGAACUAGAAUUUAUAAAUGUAGGGACCGUCAUUGAAGAGAAGCGAUUUUUCUUGUUAUUCUUUGUCUUCUUGCAUCUCCUUUACCACUUUAUCUUAUUAAAACUGUAUUUCACCUGUGUUGGAGUUCCAGUUAUCCAUAGCCUGUUUCACUUUUGACCUCAUUUCCCCCAAGGGGGCACAGCAAUCCUAAGAGUUAAAGCAGCAAGCAUUAAGGGUCUUAUUACUCAUUUUCCAGUACCAUUAUAAAGAUUGCACCUUUUGUUGUUGCCCUUGGUCUGAUCAUCUUGAUGGAGAAUAAUGGUGCUUGCAGGUCCAGGAAGAAUCUUGUGAAAUGUUUACCUCGUAACUCGCUUGAGCGGGCUUGCCCCAGGUGAGCCGACAAAUAUGGAAGGAGUUGGCUUCUGUUUUGGGGCAUUCUUUUUGGCACUUGUUGCAACCUCUUCUUUCAAAAGCAUGGCCACAUGCACUUGUACCAUCUCUGAGUGGGAACAUUGUGUGUAAUAAAACUGUACAUAUACAGCAA